GAGCGGGACACCCCCGCCGCCCUCGGGGCUCUGCGGCCUGCGCGCGCUGCAGGCGCGCGGCCGCCGCCCGAGGGCGCAUGGUGGACGUGGCCGAGGAGGAGGAGGGCGGCAGCUCCAGCUCUUGCUGCACCUCGUGCUGCGCCAGACUGUUCGCGUCGUGGACGCAGCAUGAGAUCCUGACGCUGACCACGCGGGGGGCCAGCUGCUUCAGCAUCGCGGUGCUGCUCUUCGAGGUGCUGGCGUACAACCUCGUCUUCCUGGGCAAGGUGCUGCCGGCAGCUGGCAAGGAGUCGCUGGUCGUGCCCUGCCUGGCGCUGUUCGAUUCGCUGUGGCUGAUGACCAUGUGGAGCUACGUCCAGGCGCAGCUGACAGACCCCGGGCAGGUGCCAGACAGGUGGCACGCUUUCGUGGAGGAGCUCCAGAGACAACAUGUCCGUGGUGGCCCCCCGCGUGGCGCCCCCUGGUUGGCAGCCCGGUAA